GAGAAACAGCUCACCGUCCAUGUCUUGCUGUGUUUUGUACGAAACCAUUUGAAGAGGAAACGCAUGAAGCGACUUCGUCCCAGUCUCCAUCGCUGCCACCCCCACACCUGACCCUUGCCGGCUUCUGCUUGCAAGCGUCAUCCCUUCGUCCCCUUCCCCAGCUUUCCCAUUCCACUAUAUAUUAAAGAAUUAAACCCCCAUUCUUCUCCAAUCCCCACACCCGCUUUUUUACUCCCACAUCGCUCCCUCACUAUUCCUCCACGCUACUCUUCUUCCCACCGAUGGCCAAGCGCUUCCGCCUUCGUCUUUGCCGCGUUAUCCCCUCCUUCCAGAGCUGCCGCUCCAAGGAUGACGCCGGCGUCACCGUCACCACCCCCUCCUUCCGCCUCUCCCCUGUUAACCACAAGGCCCUCGACAUUGACUUCCCCCCGCCGCCGUCUCCCGCUGCGCAGGCGUUCCUCCGCCGCCACCCGCCCGUCGUCUCCGCCGCGUGCGGCUGCCGCCCCUCCCGCCGCGGUGGCCAUUCCUCCUCCGCCAGCGACCUCCCACUCGCCCGAGAAACCCCGGCGUACCUUUGGCGGAAGGAGGAGAAGUGGCACGUCGUCGCCUACGCCGCCUCCGGCGGCGGCGGUGGCGGCAAUGGUGACGAUUUUCCUUCCUGUCCCCGCCGGAAGAUCGAUUCCGACGACGGCGGGGACAUCUUCCCGCCGGCGGCGAUGGCGCGGGCGAGGCGGAGGGAGGCGGAGCGCCGCCGACUGCGGCGGCGAGCGGAGGCGAGAAGAUCGUCGCGAUACCGAGCACGGGUGAGCACCUCAUCGGCGGACAGUGGGUGGUUCAGCAGCGAGGGGGACAAGGAGAACGACGAGCGGGAAGGCGGCGAUUAUUUGGAGGAGGAGGAGGAGGACGACGAGACGGAGACGUUGGUCUCGUCGACGGACAACUCGUCAGAUAACGUGCUUCGGCGGAGAAGGAUACGGAGGCGGCGGAGGGGGGAGGUGGUGAAGUGCUUACCGUCGCCGGAGGGGGCGGCAGCGGCGGUGCUUCGGAGGCUGGUGCCAUGCGGGGCGGCGGCGGUGGUGGAGGGGAAGGUGAGGGAGAGCUUCGCAGUGGUGAAGCGGUCGGAGGACCCGCGGGCGGACUUCCGGCGGUCGAUGGCGGAGAUGGUGGUGGAGAAGGAGAUGUACGAGGCUGGGGACCUGGAGCAGCUGCUGCACUGCUUCCUGUCGCUCAACUCGCGGCGCCACCACGGGGCCAUCGUGGCGGCCUUCUCGGAUAUCUGGGACGCGCUUUUCCCCGCCACCGCCACUCCCACCACCGCUGCCCAAGGCUUCCCUAAAAUUAAUUAUAAGUAGUAUAUUAUACUAAAACCUUACUAGUUACUAAUCAUAAAUUAUAUAUUUUGAUUUUCGAGCUUGUGGGUGAUGGGUUAGCUUUUCUUCGUAGGAACCCGUGUCGUCAUCGCCAGUGCUGGCAAUGGUGGAAUUGUAAAUAUUUUGGAUGUUUCCUUGAAUGGAUGAUAAAAGAGUUUAGUGAAAAUUAGAAAACCAU